AGGUUUUAUAGUCAGAAAAACACUCAGAAUUUAGUCAUGGAGAUUGGUCCAGCUUUGCCACCACAUCUACUGAAGAAUAUAAACAAACAAAAGGUGGAAGAAAGGCAAAAUUGUGCCCUUGGAAAAGAGGAAACAUCCUCACGACCACUGCAGGAUGAUGAAAACAGUGAUGAAGACGAGUGUUAUGGACCGGCCUUACCACCUGGGUUCCAAAAGAAAAAGGAAGAAGUUACAAGAGUGAAGGUUAUCGGACCCAUGAGACCUCCGGAAUCCGUGUCUGCGGCGGCACUCUCGUCAAAUGCUGUUGAAAAUACCAUCAGUAGUGAUGAAGAUGGAGAUGUCAUUGGACCAACUCUACCAACUGCCAAAGACAUUGAUGUUGGAUUUGAAAGAACCAAAAUGGACAUAGAGGCACGAAGUAUGGCAAAAAAGGACCAGAUGACAGGCAAGAAAGAUGCAAAACCUAAGCGAGAGACUUGGAUGACAGAGCUGCCUCCAGACUUAAGCAAGAAUUUUGGUUUGGGGCCCCGUAAGUUCCGUGCUCGUGCUGUUGAAGUAGGUGAUCAGUCAGUUUGGACAGACACUCCAGCAGACAAGGCCAGGAAGUCAAAGGAGGGUAACAGAGGAUCAAAAAGAGGUGGUGAUGAUGAUGAACCUGUCAGGACUCCAUGGGAAAUCACAAGGGAUCAACAGAUGACCAAGCAAGUGGAAAGUCAUAAUAAGCGACACAGGGGAGAAUCCUUGAUGGAUAUGCAUACAAAGAAAAUUGAAAAACAAAAGAAGGAAGAUAAAGACAAGCCUGUUGAACGAAGACCAUUUGAUAGAGACCAGGACUUAAACUUACCAAAAAUGACUGGCGAGCAAAAGAAAUCUGUCAUCCAGAAGUCCAAGGAACUUGGAUCUAGGUUUCAACAUUCCAGAAGUGGUUCCUCCUUCCUCUGAGAGGCAUAGGAACCAAUAUCAAGGUCUUACUACCCAUCAACCAUUCUGUGUACUUAUUGAUGAAAGCCAUAAGGUCAUGAUCUGAACAACACAGUUUAAGUAUUGCUUGUAACAAAAUACUCCUGGAUGAAGUGAGAUAUUCUGAGAGUAACUAAAUUUUGUAUACUGGGGUCCAACGCAGUAUCUUACAUCACGUACAACUGCUUCAUUAGAAUUAUCAUUUUUUUUCUAAAUGUGGGUGUGGACCUCUCACACAUUUAAAAAUUUCCAAUUUCCAAGCUAGUUCACACUCUCUGUUUGCACCACUGAUGCUUCUAGCAGUUUCCAACCCACAUACCUUGUCAGUAGUAUCAUGUCAAUGUUUAAAACUUGCACGUUUCCUUUGGGCAUAGUAUAUUCCUUUGUGUUUAUACCAAUUAGUAUUCUGAGCAGCAACUGUACAUUUAAGUUGCAUUUUGCUUUCACUUUGAUUUAAACAAAAAUUGUUAAAAAGUAUCUUUUAAAACCACAAAUGUUGUUUCUUCUUGAUUAAAAUAAUAUGUAUACAAAAAAUCACACAAUGAAAUGACUCCAUUUUAACUUGUUUUAUUUUCAAUUUUUUGGGGGCAACUGUACUUAACUUUUGUCUAAGUUAGAUGUAAUGGGUUAGUUUUCAUACUCUAUAUAAAAUUAACAUGACAAACCAAUUGAAAGGAGAUUAUUACAAACACACAUCUU